CGUAAUUCUUCCCCUUUUGAGAAGGAGCGCGUCGAGCGCGUCUCCCACUAAAUAAGAAGGAUAAGGAAACAACCAGCUUUCACCGUCGUUCAUCACGACCCCAUUGUGCUCACCCACGUCACGGUAGUACGCCAAAAUGAUCAGACAGGACUUCCAGCGCAUAGAUCCGAAGCGAAGGGCCGUUCUCGACCACAAAAAGAAGCAGUUCGCCGCGCCCUCCUUCAAGCAGCAGGAUUAUCCCUACCGUCUGAAUUUCUAUGAUGUGCCUCCCACGGCAGAGAUCACGCUGGAGGAGUUUGAGCAAUGGGCAAUCGACAGGUUGAAAGUGCUUGCCGAAAUCGAAGCCUGUUCAUACCGCAAUAAAUCUACACAGGAAACAGAGGCGCACAUCACUCCUCUCCUCAAAAAGUUCCUUCCUCUCGCGUCUAACUCGUCUGCUACCUCUGGGGUUGUGAGUCAACAAUUACGAAAUGAACGACAAAAGGACCAUUACUCCCACUUCAUUUUGCGUCUCGCGUUUUCAGCCACGGAAGACUUGCGCCGCCGCUUUGUCCGCGCCGAGACCAUGUUGUUUAGGUUUCGCUUUCAGAAAGAUGAUAGCAAGGAACGACGCAAUUUCAUUGAGAGCCUCAACUUAGACUGGGAGCCUGUGAGCGAAGAAGAAAGGCUAGAGUACAGUGAGGAACUGCUGCACUCCACUCCGGGCUUGCGGCGGGCCGAUGAGGAAAGCUGGUUUAAGGUUGAUUGGGAAAGGGUUCCCGAACUGGUUGAACGUCGAGCCAUCUUUAUGCGGAAAGGAAAGGCAUAUGUUCCGCAAAGAGAGCAACUAAGCAUGAUCAUUGCAGAUUUCACUGCGCGUUUAGAAAAGGCCAUGGAGUUGACAAGUAGGGCCCUACCUCGAUUAGACGAGGACGAUCGCCUCACUCCAAUCCUCAAUCAUCUUUCUAAAAACUUUGGAAGUGCCGAGUCCGUUUAUACCGAAGGCGAAGGCGUUGUCGAUGGAGCACCUAUCACCGCGGCUUCGAUUGAUCCGUUGUCACAGCAUUUCCCUCUGUGUAUGCGUAGUCUGCAUAUGACCCUCCGCAAAAGUAACCAUUUGAAACACUUUGGCCGUCUCCAGUACACUCUCUUCCUCAAGGGUAUCGGCCUCAAUUUAGACGAAUGUAUCCUUUUCUGGCGUCAGUCAUUUAAGGGGUAUUCGGACGACGAAUUCAACUCCAAAUACAAAUAUAACAUUCGCCAUACUUAUGGAGACGUUGGAGGCGAUUCCAAUCGUCGUGGUCGAGGUUACCCACCCUAUUCUUGCCAAAAAAUCUUGAUGGACAGUGCCCCUGGCACUGGGCAAACUCAUGGAUGUCCAUACCGUCAUUUCUCAGUUGAUAAUCUGACUGCGCUCCUUCAAUCAACCGGUGUGCACGAUAAAGAUGUUCUACGUGGUGUCCAGGAAGAUGUCGAGAAACAGAGGUUCCAUAUUGCCUGCAACAGAGUCUUUGAGUGGGCUCAUAAGGCAGAAAUCAAACGGGUGAAAGAAGAUGGGUCAUGGAAUCAAACAGAUCUCGAUACCAUCGUGCACCCAAAUACGUACUUCAAGCGGAGUUAUCUACUCAAACAUGCAGAGAAGCCGUCUUCGGAGUAGUGCACCAUGUCGUACAUACAUAAAUUGACACUUGGCAACAUAGGAGCAAGGCGCAAUAGGAUGAUAUUUCGGGGGGGAUGGUUAUUGUUUGAGUACUGUGUUACGUUACUAGAAAUCUGACUUCAUGAGAAUACGACUUAAAUGGCU